GAAACAAGGGCCUUGCUGAACGUUCCGCCCUGGGAGUAAACAGUUGAAAGAGAAACUCCAAUCCAAAGGAUAAGGACUCCCUCUAAUCAACGGAGAUGUCAGCGGUGGAAUCUUUUCUAUGAAUUGGUCUCAAAUCCCGCAGCGAUCCUAUCCAAAAACAUGGAAUCACCACCGAGCUAUGAACACCCAGAAGGCUCUGCAGAUCCCUCUGCUGAACUGUCAGCUACACCUACAGGUGAGGCUACAGGGCGCUCUUCUAAUGAUGUAGAAGAAGAAAAUGGCCAACAAACUGUGGACAAGGACUCUGGUCGAAAAGCCAUUGAUGAAAGUCAAGACAACUCAUCGAGUAGUGAGAAAUUAACAGACAAAACUACAUCUAUCCCUACAGAAAAUGGCCAACAAACUGUGGACAAGGACUCUGGUCGAAAAGCCAUUGAUGAAAGUCAAGACAACUCAUCGAGUAGUGAGAAAUUAACAGGUGAUCAUCAGAGUCUGAGUACAAAAACUACAUCUAUCCCUACAGGUGAGGCUACAGGAUACUCUUCUGAUGAUGUAGAAUCAGUUGGAGGGAAAAAUGGCCAACAAACUGUGGACAAGGACUCUGGUCGAAAAGCCAUUGAUGAAAGUCAAGACAACUCAUCGAGUAGUGAGAAAUUAACAGGUGAUCAUCAGAGUCUGAGUGUUACUACAGGUUAUUUCUCAACAAAAACUACAUCUAUCCCUACAGGUGAGGCUACAGGAUACUCUUCUGAUGAUGUAGAAUCAGUUGGAGGGAGUAAGAAAAUUAAGAUAAAAUGUUUCUCAUCACUUCUCGAUCUGGAAACAUAUAUAAUUUUUGACAAAAUUACUGUGUUGAGCACAUAUAAUGUUCACAUUCAAUUUUGUUUUGCUGAUGUGGAAUCAGAAAAUGGCCAACAAACUGUGGACAAGGACUCUGGUCGAAAAGCCAUUGAUGAAAGUCAAGACAACUCAUCGAGUAGUGAGAAAUUAACAGACAAAACUACAUCUACCCCUACAGAAAAUGGCCAACAAACUGUGGACAAGGACUCUAGUCGAAAAGCCAUUGAUGAAAGUCAAGACAACUCAUCGAGUAGUGAGAAAUUAACAGACAAAACUACAUCUAUCCCUACAGAAAAUGGCCAACAAACUGUGGACAAGGACUCUGGUCGAAAAGCCAUUGAUGAAGUCAAGACAACUCAUCGAGUAGUGAGAAAUUACAAAACUACAUCUAUCCCUACAGGUGCGGAUUCAGAUGAAGGUAAUAGGUUUCCACCUGGCCAACAACCCAAUGAUGAAAGUCAAGAUAACUCAAGUAGUGAGAAAUUAACAGGACGCAGAACACUAUUGGUAGGAGUGGCUAUAGUGGCACUUGUUGCCAUUGUAGCACAGUAUUACCACCAAUCCAAAUCUCAACCUCAGAAGACUGAUUGGCAACAGGUAGAUGUUUUCCUCAAGCACAUGAAAAACGUAAAAGCGAAGUUUCCCAAUCAGCGCGCUGAGCUUUGGAGCAGGAGUGAAAUCCACCUGAAGAGGCACCUCCAGACCAGCCAACCCACAGAGCCUGUGAGCCUGAUCCUGACAUCAGGUGUCAGAGCCGAGAGGACCAUGCGCUGCCUGGCUCAGGGUGUGGCCUCCGCCUUCUCCACCGCCCGCAACGCUUCCAUCCUCCACAUCGACGGAGCGGGAAAAGCCGGCCAAGACAGCGACCAGGUCAAACUGGACAUUGACAGAAAGCUGCAAGGAGCUUUCGAGGGAGACAAGCCCGUAGCGGUGAUUCACCGCCUGGAAGAGCUGCCUCCGGGCUCCACGCUCAUAUUCUACCGCUACUGCGAUCACGAGAACGCCGCCUACAAGAAGACUUUUCUGAUCUUCACAGUGCUGCUGGGUGACAAAGAGGAGAUCCCGGCCGAGAUGCGCUUGAGCAUCGUGGAGGAGAUGGUGGACGAUUACUUGCAGAAGAAAUUUCUGUCUCACAGUCACCCGGUGUCUUUCGACAGGAUGGAUAUCAAUAAGUACGGCGGACUGUGGAGCCGCAUUUCCCACCUCAUCCUGCCGGUGGCGGCAGAGGACAGAAUAGAGCAUGAAGGAUGCUAGAGGACUCAACUCUGUUCUGAGUUUUGGAUCUGAGCACUGGAGUAGCACGCAGCUGUAAAACCUCUUACCGGGAUAUUUAUUCUGGUGCUCCUUGCUGUGGUUUUAAACAAUAUUUUAAACAAUGCAUAUUUGUAACAGGAAUUUUACUGAAAUUCAGUUGCAUCGAUAUAUUAGGUCUCAUUCGAAAGUGGGACAUUGUAAGAAUUUAAUUCAUUGAGAAGUCUUUGACAAAAAGGCUUAUGCGCUUUAUUCUUUUAAUCUUUUGUUGAAUUCAUAAGUGGGAUGAGAAAUGUUAUUUGGAUGUUGGAGCGGCGGGAUUUUUAACUGCUACAUUUUAAACACACUCAAUGUAAAAUAAAUCAUAUUCACACAACUUUCACAUAGAGCUGGCAUCACAUUAGGUUUAUGAUUUUAGUUUCUGCAAUGACUGACUGGCACCAUGUGCCUUAAAGUAGGCCUCUGAUUUUCUUUGUGUCAACCAUGUUUCGAAUAGAAAAGGAUACGAGUUAAAUGUGCCUUAAAUUAGAAAUAAACACUUAUUUUAAUUUAAAA